CGCUUCCUUUCUCUUUUUCGCCGCCAUCCUGCUGUGUGCUGCGCGCUGUUAAUUGACCAUGUCUUCUCACAAGACUUUCAGGAUCAAGCGAUUCCUGGCCAAGAAACAAAAGCAGAAUCGUCCCAUUCCCCAGUGGAUUCGGAUGAAAACUGGUAAUAAAAUCAGGUACAACUCCAAGAGGAGGCACUGGAGGAGAACCAAGCUGGGUCUCUAAGGCGUCCCACAUCAUGUGAUGACACACCUAAUUGGCACCACGUAUUUAAUUAAGCUACUUGAGGAUCAUGUGUUCUAUUCCAUCACCCUGUAAACACCUUUCUGCCUGGCCAAUAGAUACCAUUUAUCAGCGAAAGAUUUUUCUGUUACUAUAGCUCUGCACUAGUGGGUUGGUUUGGUAAUAAACGUGAGGCCUUUGA